CAGUCGCUAAGUUGUGCAUAACAAUAGACCUGUCGAGUAUAGGCAGUAACCGCAUUUCAUGGUGGUUGGUUGCGUUAUUACAGUACUGGUUCUUGUGGUAUUUCUUUUGGCUUUGUAGCUUAACUUCUGUGAAACAAAGUAAAUAGGGAAUGAAACCACUUGAGCAGAUUUUGUUUUUGGUCUGAACAUCUACCACGGUUAACAUGGCACGUCUAUCCUCGCCGCAGGAAGCGUUAGAACUAAAGAAAAUUUAAACUUUUGUUGUUGAACUGUUGACAAAUCUAUUGGAACCCCCGUGUACACACAAACCCCAGUCCCAUGAAGAAGAGUAAGUACGAGCUUGGUAGCCCCGAGCAGAAGGUAGAAAAUGGCGUCCUGGACCACGUGGAGAAGCCGCCUGAAGAUGAACCGGAAAUCGAAGAAGGGAAGAUGGAGCUCCGCAGAGAGCUAGGACUGUUUGGUGGUAUCUCCUUCAUCGUCGGCUGUAUCGUAGGUUCCGGCAUCUUCGUGUCACCUAAAGGAGUUCUGGACGGCACGGGUUCCGUUGGUCUUAGCUUGAUCGUCUGGGCGGGCAGUGGUCUCAUAUCGCUAUGUGGCUCGUUGUGUUACUGUGAGCUGGGUACAAUGAUCCCCAAAUCAGGGGCAGAGUACUCUUACCUACGCAGCGCCUUCGGGGACUACGUGGGUUACCUCAACAUCUGGGUCGCCACGAUACUCACCAGGCCGGCCUCGUUGGCGAUCAUGUCCUUGACCUUUGGAGCCUACUUCUCCACGCUGUUUGAGAACUGUGGUCAGCCGGAAAUACCCACCAAGAUUGCUGCAAUCGUCUGUCUGGUGACCAUCAUGUUGCUCAACUGCUACAGCACAAAGCUAGCGGCAAGGCUACAGAUCAUUACAACUGUGGCUAAAGUUGCCGCCCUUUUCGUCAUCAUCAUUGGCGGAAUAUACAAAAUGGCUCUUGGUAACACAGACGUGCUGGCAACAGGGUUCGACGAGUCCACGACGGAGCCGUCCACUAUAGCGCUCUCCUUCUACGACGCUCUCUGGGCUUACGACGGAUGGAACAAUUUAAACUUUGUGACAGAGGAACUAAAGAACCCUGCGGUGAACCUGCCCCGUGCCAACAUACUCAGCAUCAUCAUCGUCAUCAUCAUCUACUGUAUGACCAACGUUUGCUAUCUAACGGCCAUGACGAAGGCGGAGCUUCUUGCGUCUGAUGCCGUUGCUAUGCUGUGGGGUGACCGGGUCCUUAUGUCCGCCGCCAUUAUAAUGCCGCUCUCGGUCAUGAUAUCAACUCUUGGGUCAACAAACGCCUCGGCUUUCUCUGGAGGAAGGUCCACUUUUGCAGCAGCCAGGGACGAGAACUUGCCUGAAGUUUUGUGCUUUAUCCACGUCAGACAGUUAACUCCCCUUACUUCUAUGGUUUUCACGCUGCUCAUCGCCAUCAUCUUCGUCCUGGUGGGCGACAUCUCCAGUCUCAUCGACUUCUUCAGCUUCUCGGCCUGGGUCUUCUACGGUCUCACCUUCUCCACAGUCCUCUACUUCCGCUGGAAAAAACCAAACGACCCCAGGCCGUAUAGGGUGCCUCUCGUCAUACCCAUCGUCAUGAUUCUCAUCUCCAUUUACCUGGUUAUCGCCCCUAUCGUGCAAGACCCGAGGAUAGAGUUCCUCUACGCUACCAUUUUCAUCUUCGGUGGCACAAUAUUCUACAUUCCAUUCGUGCAUUUUAAGAAGAAGGCGCCAUUUUUCGAUCAUGUGACCACAUUACUCCAGCUUAUUUUUGAAGUUGUUCCACCCAGUAAAUACGUUGAUUGAGUCUCAUCACUUACUUGCUCCAUUGGGAUUUGAACCCUAAGCUACCGGAAAUUAGGCUGUAUUUACAGUCCAGGCUACUAGCUGACUGUUCUUUUAUAUUCCCUAAAAGAUAUAGAGCUGCGACCCACAACUUAUGGAAUGCUGGCUCGAUAUGGGCCAUAGAUCUGUGUUUUGGAAAGUGAUCCAUGCUGCUAGAGUCUACAUUAAUUAUUUUAUUCAUCAAUUUGACAUACUACCAUAUAAUUCUAGAACAACUAAAAAUACUGUAUCAAAAUAAAGCCUGGUUUUUAUUUUAUAAUAAAUGUUUUUUAUAGAUCACAUGACCAUAAGACCUCCCAAAAUCCCAUUAAAGUCACAGCUUUGGUUUAAAUCUGGCUAAAUUUUACUUUUGCUCAAUUGUAAUAGUGUAAGAAUUGUCUAUUAAAUCUCAUGUCACAUUGCAAUGUCGCUUAAAUGUCAGUGACAAGUGUCUAUACAUAUGUCACCAUCAUACAACUAUGUCACCAUCAUACAAAUAUGUCACCAUCAUACAAAUAUGUCACCAUCAUACAAAUAUGUCACCAUCAUACAAAUAUAUCACAAUCUUAUAUUCAGGUAGAUUCACAACAAUAUAUAAUUUUCAAAGUAUAAUCAAAUUUAUUUUAAUAUCACAAUGAACAAUGCAAAAUUAAAUAAUAUAUAUAGACCAAUUUCAAAAUAAUUACUUUUUUUUAAUUACAAUUAUUUCUAUAAAUAAUGUUUGAAUUAAUUGUUUUUAUCUUUGUCUGAAUGUAUCUUUAUAAAAAAAAUAAAACCCUUGAAUUUGAAUACAUAAAUGUAACCAUGUUUAGCUUUAAUAUUCUAAGCAGUACUGAGCGUCAGAGAUGAAGGGUAUCUCUGCAAUUGUGUAGAGUUAUCAUUUUAAAAUCUUGUUUUAACAAACAAUAAUGUUCUUACCAUGGAAGUAUAAAUAUCAUCUUGUUUUUUUUAAGAAAAAAUACCAAGUAACAAUAUUAAAUCUUUCCAAAAACUAACAGUGUU